UUUGGCGGGAUUUCAUCGAGUGCGGUUGGCGUCUUAUUUUAAUUAUUCUUAAAUUCGUUCAUAGUGGAUAUUGUGAAAUAAAAUUGGUGUGGUUUUGUGUAACAACUGUCUGCGUAACUGAAGAAUUAGUGGAAUCAUUAAAAUAUACGCUAUUCCGGUCAAGUGGACGUGAGAAUUUUAUUGUAGUGUUGACUACCUCACAGAAGCUUAUCGAAAAAGCCAACUCGAUACAUUUCGUGCCAAACACUCCAAGAAACAUUAGAAUGCGUCACACCGACAUUCUAAUGUAUAAACAAAAAGAAGAUUUUAAUUCAAGACCAGGCUGUAUGGGCAUUGUUCCCUUUGCCUUCCCUAGAACGGGAGAAACUUCAACAAAAAAAAAAAGGAGGACCGUGCGUCUCCCGUCACCGGAAAUUUGGCGGGAUAAAAACUUAAACUUAGGGGUUUUGCGUUUAUUUAUUGCAAAAUAAGAAUAUUUUUUAAAGCAGGUUGUAUAAACCAAGAGAGAAAGUUAAUGAUUUUAUAAAAAUUAAAGUUUCACUAAUUUUAUUCUACUGCGAGCGCUGUAAAGAUGUUGAUAACUUCUUAAAAUGCCGGCGACAUUUGAAACUCCUUCCAGGACUCCCAGUCCCACGCGAGGACAAGGUUAUAAUGUAGAGGAAAAUGAUCCGAUCAAUCAACCAAUCUCAACAACAUUAGAAAGAUCAAAAUUAGCAUUCUGCAAUGGAAAUGGAACUUCUGUCAAAAGAAGUAGAAGCCCAACAGUAGAUGACAUCACCGUUUUAUGUAAAAAGGUCAAGAGGGACGAGUCUUUGAACAAUAAUGAAGACACAAGCAUUCAAAAUGAAUUUGAUAAGCAUGAUAAAAUUCAAAAUAAAAGCAUGGAACAAAGUAAUGGUCUUGCAUCUAAAUUAUCAGGGCAACAGUCUGAUGAAAAUAGUGACCAUUUAUUUAAUGAGACUUCAAAGAAUUCACAAAAAAUCAAUGAAUUGGAUAAAAGCAAUGAUGUAUUGGCUGCUUCCAUCAACACUGGAAAUAUGUCUCUUGAUGAGAAAUGUGAUAUAUGUGGUCAAUUUUUAAAUAACUCUGAUAUUAUAUUUUAUCAAGGACAUCCACAAGAUGCUUUAGAAGAAUUUAUUGCUCUUACUAAUGAGAAACUAGUUCUGGCAUCAGGUGAUGAUGGAGAUAUAAUGGAAAGACCACAAACAAAUAUAACUGGAUUUUCCAUUUUUGAUGAGCAAGGUCAUCUGUGUCCUAUAGAUGGAGGUCUUAUAGAAAAUGAUAUUCGAAUAUAUAUGUCAGGGUAUUUAAAAUCAAUAUGCUCUGAAUCACCAGAUAUUGAUGAAGAAUCAAUACCUGUAAAAGAUGUUGGUCCAAUUAUUGAAUGGUUUAUUCAUGGCUUUGAUGGUGGUGAGAAAAAUUGUAUUACACUCUCAACUGAAUUUGGCGAAUACAAUUUGAUGAGGCCUAGUGAACAGUACACACCUCUUAUGAAUAAUUUAUAUGAAAAAAUAUGGUUGAGUAAGGUAGUUGUUGAAUAUUUAGAAGAAUAUCAUUACCUACAACCAACAUAUGAAGAUUUACUUGAAGUGCUUAGAGAAUCAACGAUCCCUGAGUUAGAUGAUUUAAAAAUGAGUGAGGAAAUGCUCCACAAACAUGCACAAUUUGUAUGUGAUCAAGUUGUCAGUUUGGAAGCAAACGAAGAUGACGAACCACUUAUUACAUUACCAUGUAUGCGAGAACUUAUAAAACUAAUGGGUAUAAAAUUUGGUAAAAGGAAAGUGAGAGCUAAAAUUGAUUACAAAAAGAUUGACAAGAAGGCUUGGACUAAAGCUACUACUACACCUUUAAUAAGGAAAACUUUCGAAAGUUUUUUUAGUAAUCAAUUAGAUAAAACAAAUCAUGAAUUAACUUUACGGAGAAAAAGAUGCGGUGUUUGCGAAGCUUGCCAACUACCAGAUUGUGGUGAAUGUAAUGCAUGCAAGGCUAUGGCAAAGUUUGGUGGUCAUGGAAGAACAAAGAAAGCAUGUGUCAGGAGAUUAUGUCCAAAUAUGGCUGUUGAACAAGCUGAAGAUUCAGAAUUAGAUGAUGAAGAGGAUUUCCAAAUCAUGGCUGAGAAGAAACAACAUGAUAAAAUAGAUGACAUUGUGCCAGUCAAAUUAACUGGCACUAAUAAUAGAAAAAUUAGCUGGGUUGGAGAACCUAUAAAAGCAGAUUCAACUAAGAUUUAUUUUGAAAAAGUGGAAAUUGAAGGAUCUGAACUCCAAAUUGGAGAUUUUGUAAUGGUUGAAACCUCUCAGGCUAAUAUUCCUACCUUGGUUGCUAGAGUUGUUUAUAUGUGGAAAGAUUUGAACAAUCCCAAAGCAGGAUAUUUUCACGGAGAGGUGUUUAUCAGAUCAUCUGACACAAUUUUAGGUGAAGUAGGUGAUCCAAGAGAAGUAUUUUUGGGUGACAGGUGUUGUCAUGGUGCACCUUUAUCUUCAAUAUUGCGGAAAGCCUGUGUAGAAAAAAAAAAUAUACCUAGUGAUUGGUUCAAAUUAGGUGGGAAGGAAGUGUGUGAUGAAUCUUUUGAAGAUGAUGGUAAGACUUACUUUUAUAAAAAAUAUUAUGAAAGAUUUACUGCUCGUUUUGAAGACAUACCUGAAGAUCCAAUAUGCCCAAAUGAUUUAAGAAAACACAGAUUUUGUCCUUCUUGUGAGCGUAAAACAAGAAAAGAUGGAAAGAAUAUACCCAAAGUGUUUGGAAAACUUGCUGAAAAAACCGCUUUGGUGCCAGAAAAAAAUAAAACGGAAUGGUCUUCGGUUAGAUGGCAGGAUUAUGAUUAUAAAAAAGGCUGUGGAGUAUUUUUAAAACCAGGCACAUUCUUGCUUAAUAAUAGUUUGGACAGUAUUCAAAACCAAAAACCCAAAUUGGAUAAGGUAGAUGAAGACAUCUAUACUGAAUAUUAUCGUAAAAGUGACAAUUAUUUGCGUGGCUCAAACUUGGACACCAUGGAACCUUUCUGUGUGGGUUAUAUUGCAGCAGUGGUAGCAGCUAGUGAUGGGGCUCUGAUAGUUCCACAAGAUAUCUAUCUGAAGGUUUAUGUUUUAUAUAGACCAGAGAAUACAACGAGUAGAUUCCCUCAACAUGAAGAUUUAAAUGUCGUGUAUUGGAGUGACGAAAUUAAAGAAAUACCGUUCUCUGCAGUAGUUGGGCCCUGCAACUUGUAUUAUGAAAAAAAUAUACCACAACAAGAUUUUUUACACAAAUGGUUAGAACAAGAUCCCAGUAGAUUUUAUUUUAGGAUGGCAUUUGACAAAAGUACAGGACAAAUUACUCCUGUUCCCCAACAUGCUGAAAAUGUUGGACGCACUGAAGAAAUAAAAGGCAAAGGGAAAGGUAAAGGAAAGUCGAGUAAACCUACUGAAACUAACAAUACAAAAAAAGAAGAAUUAGCAAUCCGACGACUAAGAACGUUAGAUGUUUUUGCUGGUUGUGGUGGUUUGUCAGAGGGGUUGCACCAGGCUGGAAUUACGGAGUGUCGUUGGGCUGUAGAGAAUGUCGAAGCUGCCGCACACGCAUAUUCUCUUAAUAAUAAAAACUGCAUUGUGUUUAACGAAGACUGCAAUGCUUUGCUCAAAGAUGCUAUAUCUGGAGCUACUCACAGUGCCGGUGGUCUCCGUCUUCCUAUGCAAGGAGAAGUCGAAUUGCUUUGUGGAGGCCCACCUUGCCAAGGAUUUUCGGGAAUGAAUAGAUUUAACUCUCGCGAAUAUUCGAAUUUUAAGAAUUCAUUGGUGGCAUCCUAUUUAUCAUAUUGUGAUUAUUAUAGACCUAAAUAUUUCAUUUUGGAAAAUGUAAGAAAUUUUGUUGCUUUCAAGAAAGGAAUGGUAUUAAAAUUAACUUUGAGAACGCUAUUGGAUAUGGGUUAUCAGUGUACUUUUGGCAUCCUGCAAGCUGGAAAUUAUGGGGUGCCCCAAACAAGAAGAAGACUUAUUAUUCUGGCUGCUGCCCCUGGAUUCAAACUACCCCUGUAUCCGGAACCAACACAUGUAUUUAGUAGGCGAGCUUGUUCCUUAACCACCACGAUAGAUGGGAAAAGAUUCGUGACAAACAUUCACUGGGACGAGUCUGCACCGCGUCGAACGUGUACGAUUCAUGACGCCAUGAGUGACUUGCCCCGGAUUUGUAAUGGAGCAAACAAAAUUGAAAUCGACUAUGGCUCUAUGCCAGAGAGCCAUUUUCAACGUUUGGUUAGGUCUAAGGACGAAACUGCGAAAUUGCGCGACCAUAUAUGUAAGAAUAUGGCACCAUUAAUACAAGCAAGAAUUUCUAGAAUUCCAACCGCUCCAGGAUCUGAUUGGCGUGAUCUUCCAAACAUAUCUGUUACCCUAUCUGAUGGAACUAAAUGCAAGGUAUUGCAAUAUCGUUACGAAGACAAGAAGAAUGGUCGAUCGUAUAGCGGAGCACUUCGUGGGGUGUGUGCUUGCGCGGCCGGGGGCAUGUGCUCGCCGGCCGAUAAACAAGAGAACACGCUUAUACCCUGGUGCCUGCCUCACACUGGCAACCGGCACAACAACUGGGCCGGCCUCUACGGUCGUAUAUGUUGGGACGGGUACUUCAGUACGACAGUGACGGACCCAGAGCCGAUGGGAAAGCAAGGUCGUGUCCUCCACCCAGAACAGAACCGCGUGGUGUCAGUGCGAGAGUGCGCGCGCUCACAAGGCUUUCCCGACACCUACUUAUUUGCAGGAUCCUUACAGGACAAGCACAGACAGAUAGGAAACGCAGUUCCUCCUCCUCUCGGAGCGGCAUUGGGAAGAGAAAUCAAGAAAGCGUUUACUGCAAGCAUUUCGCAUUAGAGUAAGAAUCAAUUUAUGCAUUGACUUUUUAUAACAUUUUGUGACAUUUUUAUCAUGCGUCUUAUUAAUAUAUACAUUAACAACAAUAUUAUUGUUUUAUUUUACUAUUAAGCUAUCAUAUUAAAAAAUAAAAGUUUUAAUUUGUGGUACCCCAGCUCUGGGUACUCCACACAAAAGGAUAUCUACAAAAUAAAAGAGAAAACUCGAAAGGAAGAUAAAAACGUUAUUAAUAAAGGAAUAGAAAUAUUUACACUAAAUAACUAUUGAAACUCUUAGAUAGCUAUCCGCGC